AUGUCAACAUCUGCCACUGGUGAGACUGAUGUUGCAAGUGUAACUCCUGAUACUUCCAAACCUUCUAUUUACGGCCCCAUGGGAGAUCGAGAGAAUAGCAAAGAAGAUACCCUAGCCGGGCAUUUCACCUUUCUGGAAGACCACUCUCGGUCAUCCUCGAUAGUCGAAAGCUAUAGCGACACAGCACCAAAGUCUCUCCAAGAGAGUUUCUCCUCAACCGUUCGGAAUGUCGCUUCUCAAUCGGCACUACGGCGGGAGGAGUGGCCUACAGGAGCCCAACCAACAUGUCCACGUCCUCCACCCCGUACCGGCCCCUUUUUCGAUGCCUUCCGCAAUCAAGAAGACUCAGGCUACCUAAAGCCACCGCCUCUCUCAGUAUCAAGACCUGUCGAGGCAACUCGCCGUCAAGGUCGGCCCCGAAGCUCCUCCGUCCCACUUAUACCUCGCCAAACUCCCAGUCUCAACCUUUUUCCCAGGAUCGAUCCAGCUCCAACUCCAGCUUUAACACCAAAACCUUCCUAUCCCGGAUCCGAAAUAUCAACACCAUCCCAUUAUCCAGCAUCAAGCACAGCAGUUAGUCUUUUGAGCACAACACCCUUGAUGGCACUACCCGUCCCCCCGAAAGACACUUCACUUCAACCACCCGUUCCCCGGAAAGACACUCCUACUCUACCGCCACUCAGGAUACCCUCACAAAACCCAUCAUCUACUGGCGACGUAUCCAUGAGGAACCCUAUUAAAGGCCCCGCUCUGUACACCCAGCCCCGUCCCCUUCCCGUUCCCGUUCCGACGCCCUGCCGUCACCAACGCCGAGCAAUGCGCCUCAACACGCCCUACAUGCAGAUGCUUCUCGCCCUCGACAAGAUUCCCCGUCUGCACAACAUCCUCGUUUUCUACUUUACCUGGCUUCUGUUGGUUGCCUUCAUCAUCGUUACCGCAUCUUUUGAUAAUUCACCGUCUGGCUUAACCGGAUCCGUCCUACAUAUCAUGGAACAACCCUUAUUCGCCGUCAGCUUAAGUUGCAUGGCCCUCGGCAUCCUAGGUUGCCUCUGGCUCGGCAUCCGGUGGCGGAGGAAUUAUGUCUGGUUGAUUAAUAGGCUGUAUAUGCCUCUGUUUCUGAACGGACUGGCGGGGGUGCUGGCUACUUUGGCGAGCGUGUAUGCGCAGCAUGAAGGGAGGUGGUGUUUCCCGGCGAUUGUGGCGGUGGUGGUGGAAGGGGUGCUGGUGGUUGUGUCUGUGGUGUUGUUUGGGCUGUAUAACUUUUGGUUGUUGAGGAGGGUGAAGAAGUUUGAAAGUGGGUAUUAUGGUAAGGGUAGGAAGUGGUGGGUGUCUGUCAAACCACCGCAAACGAAAUUCGAGCUGCAGACUAUUCGCAUCACCGUGCACACCUCAAUAUCCUAA